AUGGCCGGAGAAACUAGAAUUCCUUUGUUUGUUGUCGGUUGGAUACUGUUGCUGGCCGUUACCGUUGACGCUAAGCUUGUAAUUCACAUGGACAAGGUAGAAGUGAUCAACAAUUACAAGUAUGCCAAUGCUACUGCGAGCAUCCGACGGUUUGGCCCAUCGCUCAAGAACUAUGUUGCAGACUUUCGUGUCGAAGCGUAUCAAACGCUGACCAACGCAAUGGUUUCUACCAUAUACUAUGUACCCAAUCUGGCCGGCAAGUAUGAAAAGGCAUUCUACAACCGGACGAUUAAUUUCUGCACAUAUCUACGGCAGCCGACGACCGAUCGCGUACUUAGGUUGGUGUACGAGAAUCUCAACCAACGAGGAAAUCUGCCAAAACGUUGUCCCAUUGUGGUUGGAACGUAUUCCUUCAACACAAGCUUUGAUGGUUUACAUUUGCCCGGAUUUUUGCCGGAAAGUAGAUUCCGGUUUGAUCUUAACUUUUACUGUGGUGCACCGAGUUAUGAGCUUCUCUUUCAUGGCUAUUGGUACGGAGCGUUACGAAGGGUGUCUUCCUAA